GGAGGCCCUCAACCAACACCUCUCUCUCUCUCUCUCUCUCUCUCUGGGUCUCAUUUCUAACAGAUCUUUAAUGGACUGAUUGUCCCCGCUGAAGAGCCAUUCAAGAAGGGCUUUUUCGUGGAGUAGCCAGCCUUCUCGCGCUUCCUUCCUCGCUCGUUGCAAUGCUUGCGGUGGCAGAGCAUGUGGGUCGUUUGAUUUCAGCCACGGCUGCUCGAUCCCUGUUUCUGAAAGUUUCAAGAUCGAUGAUGGGGAGCGACUAAAGCGUUUGUUCAGCAGCCCAAGAGUUCCGUUUCAGCUGGGAAUCAAAAAGAAAGAAGGUUAGCGAAUAAAGAAAUCGCGGAGGAGAGAAAACAAAAGGGUUCUGAGAUCAUCGGCUCAGCUCACGUGAAAGUCUCUCUGUCUCUGUUUUUGUGCGCCCUCCGCCCCCGUAGUAAUCCGUGAGUUCAUGCUCCUCAAUUAAAGAAAAAGUUUGGGAGAAACGAUGCCACACACACGACCCUCCCUCCAUCUCUCUCUCUCUCUCACUCACCCCCUCUGUCUGUCUUCAUUUGAAUGGAAUGUGCGAGGAGAGAGAGCUCACAGUUCCAUUCCCACCAUUGGAGCUCUCUCUCGCCCCUUAAAUUCUCUCUCUGCGACUGCAACUUCAAGGGUUUAAUAUAUUUUCUUCUCCCCAUUUCCCCAUCUGCCACUGCGAGAGUGAGCGAGUGGUGGGCAAGGAGCAGCAGGAGCAGAGCAGCCAGUGUGGCUACAGUGUGAGUGGAUGCACUUUCUUUAUUGCCCCUCCCCCCAUCAUCGGCUCCUUACCUUUUCACGCCUUGUCGUUUAGCAGGCCAGUCCAAGGAGAGAAGAAGAAAGCACGAACUUAAGCUUCUCUGAAAAUGACCCAGAUUGGCGGGUCUUCUCUCCCCUCUCAUCAUGAUGAAGGCUCUCUUCACAUUUCGACAAACAUUUGGUCUUCUCCUUCCGCUUCUUCUUCUUCUUCUUCUUCACAGUGAUGAAUCUGAAAAGCCCAAUCUUUCCUCGCUCUCUCUCUUCUUCAAGAUCGAUCCCCACUGAUUCAACUGUAGCUCAUUGAAAAAGGCUCGCAAAAAUGGGGUCUUUCGUUUCGGGGUACUGCUCUCUCCUCUUCUUGCUCUCGUUCCUCGUUCCCACCGCCAGAUCAGGCGACGCCGAGGCUCUGCUCGCUCUCAAGUCCGCCGUCGACCCUCUCGACUCGCUGCCCUGGCGAGAUGGGAACGUGGACGCCGUCUGCUCUUGGCCAGGGGUUAGAGACUGCAUGGACGGCCGCGUCACCAAGCUCGUCCUCGAGUCCUUGAACUUGACCGGUGCGUUGGACGGGAAGACCCUGAACCGGCUCGACCAGCUCCGCGUCCUCAGCCUCAAGGACAACUCCAUCUCCGGCGAUGUCCCCGACCUCUCCGGCCUCGUCAACCUCAAGUCCCUCUACCUCAACGGCAACGCCCUCUCCGGCGGCUUCCCCUCCUCUCUCACCGGCCUCCACCGCCUCAAGGUCCUCGUCCUCGCCGGGAACCGCAUCUCCGGCGAGAUACCCGUGUCCGUCCUCAACCUGAGGAGGCUGUACGUUUUCUACUUGCAGGACAACGGGUUCACCGGAAGGAUCCCCCCGCUGAACCAGACCAGCCUCCGGUUUCUCAACGUCUCGAACAACCGGCUCUCCGGCGAGAUCCCGGCGACCCCCGCGCUGUCGAGGUUCAAUGCCUCGUCCUUCUCGGGCAAUGUCGAUCUCUGCGGGUCACCGCUCGGCGACCCCUGCAACGGCACCGUGUCGGGAGGCCCGUCUCUGAGCCCCGCGUACCCCGAGAACCCGGCCGCGAAGAAAUCGCGUUCGAAUCGCUCACGGCUCAUCAAGAUCGUCGCGGGAACGGUCGGCGGAUUCGCAUUGCUGUUGAUCUGCCUGCUCCUGCUGUGCUUGAUCUGCAGGAGCCGCGGACAGAGGAAGAAGGCUCCAGGCGAGGCGAGAGCCAAGGGCGGCGGGGUCGAGACAGGGGAGGAGGCAGGGGAAGCGUCCGCCGGCGGCAACAAUGGGGCGGGGAAGCCGCCACCACCGGCGGCGGCGGCGGCGGGGGGGUUCUCGUGGGAGGGGGAAGGGCUUGGGAGCCUGGUGUUCCUCGGGGCCGGGGACCAGCAGAUGGGAUACAGCCUGGAGGACCUGCUGAAGGCGUCGGCGGAGACCCUGGGGCGGGGCACGCUGGGGAGCACGUACAAGGCGGUGAUGGAGUCGGGCUACAUCGUGACGGUGAAGCGGCUCAAGGACGCGAGGUACCCGAGGAUCGAGGAGUUCCGGCGGCGGAUAGACGGCCUCGGCAGGCUGCGCCACCCGAACGUCGUCGCGCUCCGGGCCUACUUCCAGGCCAAGGAGGAGCGGCUGCUGGUCUACGACUACUUCCCCAACGGCAGCCUCUUCACCCUCAUCCACGGAUCAAGGACUUCAGGUGGUGGUAAGCCUCUUCACUGGACCUCGUGCCUCAAAAUAGCCGAGGACUUGGCGACCGGACUGCUCUACAUCCACCAAAGCCACGGACUAGCACACGGGAACUUGAAAUCCUCCAACGUGCUGCUUGGCCCUGACUUCGAGUCCUGCCUCACGGAUUAUGGCCUCUUGUCAUUCCGGGACCCAGACUCGCUCGAAGAACCGAGCGCCACUUCCCUCUUCUACAGGGCCCCCGAGUGCCGGGACCCUCGAAGGCCCAUCACCCAGCCGGCGGAUGUAUACAGCUUUGGCGUCCUCCUCCUGGAGCUCCUCACGGGGAAAACCCCGUUUCAGGACCUCGUUCAGGAGCACGGAUCGGAUAUCCCGAGGUGGGUCCGCUCAGUCCGUGAGGAGGAAACGGAGUCCGGGGACGAACCGGCCUCUAGUAAUGAGGCCUCUGAAGAAAAACUUCAGGCUCUUUUGAACAUAUCGAUGGCCUGCGUCUCCAUCGUCCCCGAGAAUCGGCCUGCCAUGAGAGAGGUCCUAAAGAUGGUUAGAGAUGCGAGAGCCGAGGCUCAAGUUUCGUCCAACAGUAGCGAUCACUCACCGGGACGAUGGUCAGACACAGUGCAGAGCUUGCCCAGGGAAGAACAUUUGAGCAUAUGAGGGCUUAGGCUCCGAUGUUCUUUUUUCCACCCAUUAAUUUGAUUUGAUUUUUUUUUUCGCGGUACGGGCGGUGCAAGUCUAUUGAUGUAAAGAUACUAAAUUCUCACCAUUGUUUCCCGUGUUCUUUUUGUUUUCCGAUCAAUUCACAACGACUGCAUUUAGGUCCGGAGAACUUGAUUGCAUCGAACAACUUGGAAUGAAACUUUUGAGUUAAUGGCUCUAAUGAAAUUUAAAAUUUUCAAAACAGUUUGAGCAAGUUCAGAA